AUGAGUUCAUGCGUGGAGAUCAGAAGCCCGGAGCGCCUCUGCACUACCCCGUCCGCGAGCACUGCCUCCGCUCCGCCGCAAAUCAACGUCGCCGACGACCCUGCGCGGCCCUCUAGUCCAACCCGCUCCCUCGCCUGGGUGCUUGGUGCUCCAUCAUCUGGUCCCCUGCUGGCCAACCUGCAGAAGAUUCCUGCAGAACUUGGUGAGCUAACUGGCUUGGCGACUUACCAUGGCACUUCGUUGGCAUUGAUCGCAGUGGUGUCACACUAUCUGGAGCUAAAUCUGGAGGACCUUGCUGGCGAGAUCUUGUUGGGUCCGCCAUGCAGUGCACCUGUUGUGUUGGCGCAGAAGCUGGAGGCUAUUGCCGGCAAGAUCACACAGGGCCUGCACUUCGUGAUGGUGAGGGAUGUUCAUCAUGUUGAGCGAGAGCUGGAAAUGGCAAAUGUCGAGGCAGAGCCUGUCGUUGAGAAGGAGUUGCAGGGACGUGAUUUGCAGAGCAGGAGCAAGGCCGCCUACACCCCACGCUCGGCGCCGUCUUCGGGGUUGACCAAGCCUGCCUCUUUUCGAUCGCCCCCACCUACGAGCAACAAGCGACCAGCAGCUUUGGAAGCUGCCACAACACCAAAACCAUCUCCUGCGCGAACUUCAGACUCAGGUAAAAAGCUUUUGCAGGAGCCAGCCAAGAGUUCGUCCUCCGUGGCCUCGACGGGAGGCACGACCGUUCAGUGCCACCGCUGCCAUGGAUUUGGACAUGUGCGGAAGGAUUGCCCAAUUCAGCGGGCAUACAUUGCUACAGAAGACAGCUACAUUAGUGCCUCCGACAUUGAAGAUGAUGAAGAAGAAGAAGCAGAAGAGGCUGCAGAGGCCGGCCAUGUUCUGGGUAGCGAGAACACAGCAGCCUUCAGGAGCAUCAUUGUGAAGCGAGUGCUUAGCGUACAGGCACAACAACUAGAGAAGCUUCAGCGCCAUAAUUUGUUCCAGAUUUUCUUCGUCAUCAACAAUCAGCGAGCGCGUGUCAUCUUUGAUGGAGAUUGUGAUGUUGUACCUAUGGAGGCGUGUUCGCUUUUGUUGGGUCGACCUUGGGAAUUUGAUAAUGAUGCUUUACACCAUGGUAGAAGUAAUACUUACACCUUCAUGCAUAAGGGAAAGAAAAUUACUUUACUUCCUAUGACCCCUGCUGAAAUUGUACAAGCUGAAAAAGAACGAGCUGCUACUUUGCAUGAAACUAAAUCUGAAAAUCAGCAAGUUGCUAAUUCUGUUUACCCACCUAAAAAUGAUAAGUCUGCACCUAGUUCCAAGACUGAUGGGAUUAAAUUGAAGGGUGGAGUUUUACUUGCUAGAAAAUGCGACCUUGCUGAAAUCUCUGACGAUGAUGAGUUUGAGGACAUUUUUCCAGCUAAGAUACCUUCCGGACUGCCACCUAUGAGGGGAAUUGAGCAUCAGAUCGACUUGAUUCCGGGAGCGACUUUGCCUAACCGAGCUGCUUAUCGAACCAACCCCGACGAGACUAAGGAAAUUCAGCGCCAAGUCCAAGAGCUUUUGGACCGCGGGUAUGUACGUAAAAGCCUUAGUCCUUGUGCCGUUCCUGUGCUUUUGGUUCCUAAGAAAGAUGGUACUUGGCGUAUGUGUGUUGAUUGUAGAGCCAUAAAUAACAUUACCAUUCGAUAUCGCCAUCCUAUUCCUAGACUUGAUGAUAUGCUUGAUGAGUUGUGUGGCGCUAUAAUUUUUACAAAGAUUGACUUGCGUAGUGGUUACCACCAAAUUAGAAUGAAACUUGGAGAUGAAUGGAAAACAACUUUUAAGACUAAAUUCGGCUUGUAUGAGUGGUUAGUAAUGCCUUUUGGUUUGACUAAUGCACCAAGUACUUUCAUGCGAUUAAUGAAUGAAGUUUUAAGAGCUUUUAUUGGACGAUUUGUGGUGGUUUACUUUGAUGAUAUCUUGAUUUACAGCAAGUCUUUGGAUGAACAUAUGGAUCACUUACGUGCUGUUUUUAAUGCUUUACGUGAUGCACGUUUAUUUGGCAACCUUGACAAGUGCACCUUUUGCACGGAUCGAGUCUCUUUUCUUGGCUAUGUUGUUACUCCACAGGGAAUUGAGGUGGAUGAGACUAAAAUUGAAGCCAUAAAGAGCUGGCUGGUUCCCCAGACCAUCACACAGGUGAGGAGUUUUCUUGGUCUUGCAGGAUUUUAUCGCCGCUUUGUCAAAGAUUUCAGCACCAUUGCUGCGCCGCUGCACGAGUUGACAAAGAAGGGUGUGGUGUUCCGUUGGGGAAAGGCACAUGAGGAGUCCUUUUGCACUUUGAAGGACAAGCUUACACGUGCUCCUUUGCUGCAACUUCCAAAUUUCGGUAAGACUUUUGAGCUUGAAUGCGAUGCUAGUGGAGUUGGCAUUGGAGGUGUCUUGAUGCAAGAAGGAAGCGCAUGGAGGAGGUUUGAUGGGACAUUUUGGUGCGAAGAAGACGGAGGAUGUUCUGGCCACACACUUCUUUUGGCCAAGAAUGAGGAGAGACGUUGA